AUGGAUAAAGCAAAGUUUAUCUGUCUGAUCUGCAGCGAACGUUUCAGCAAAGUUUCUAUCUUCAAGCAGCACCUGGAUUCUUAUGAACAUGCGAGGGAAUUCGUGCAAUUUUACAGGGAAUCUUCUUUCCGGGCAAAGCGAAAAUUUACUCCAUGGAUUUUCUAUAAAGAUUAUGAUUUCAAACCUGACAAGCCAAUUCUGGGUUUGUCCCAGAUGACUUUGUGUUUCUGUUCAGAAACUAAAACCAGUUUCUACCUUUGCCAUCUCUGUGAACAAGUAGAAACAAUAGAUUCUAUUGUGAAUCAUGUUUUUGACAGCAACCAUUACCACAACUACUUUGCUUUUACUAACCCUGAUGCUUUGAAUAUGUCGGACGAGCCACUAAUGCUGGACGACUUUAAGAAGGAACAAGAGAAAAAGGGAGUUGGGGAGUUACAGGUGUUGCAUUUGCCUGAGAAGAUUCUAAAUCGUUACAUGGUAUCAUGUCAGUCGUAUCGCAAAGUGAGGAUUUGGCUUCAUACUUAUAAAGGUCUUGCAAAAAUGUUCAACGAACGCGUCCCAGAAAGAGUGAAGAUACAAACUUAUAAAGAUAAUCCAAACAGGAAGCAUCCUCUUGUUGGCUUGCAGUACAUAGUGGAGGCUGUGUGUGUGUCGCCGCUGCUUGAGACCAACAUCUUCCUCUGCACUCUGUGUUGUCUCCAACUCGACAGCAGCAUGAUCAUCAGGCACCUGCUGAGCUUUGACCACCUCUACAACUACUUUAGUGACGUGGACCCGACUUUGAAAGAAAAAGAGUGUUACAGAAAUGACUGUACUUUGACAGAAUUAGCCAUGCAGUUGAAGAAACAUGAGGGCCACACAAAAAUUCAGCGAGUGUAUUUAAAUCCCCGUCAGAUAAGUGCAGUGGUAUAUCCUAGCUUCAAAGAUGCUCUGUGUCAAAUGGAAACCAUAAUGAAGAAUAGGUUACCGAGGGUCAAGCCUAGAAGAAAACUUGGAGACGCCGCCUCGAGUGGGGGUGAACCCAGCACGUCUCCACAGCCACACAGUCUCCACUGUCAGAACUGCAAUCAGAGGUUUGACACGUUUACACGUUUUUUCAACCAUCUCAGGAUGUCUGAACACCUGGAGAAUAUUAGAAAAAACUUUGGACAAGCUAUUGACAAAUCAACUCUCCAAAGCAGACCACAACUUCCACUAUUGCAAGAUUUAACAGAGAAUUAUCAUUCUUGUGUUGGAAAGUCCCUGGUUGUGACCAUUAUCAGCCAACUUGACCAGAAGCCUGUUCACAUGUGCUUUGCCUGUGACGUGGUUUUUUUAAGUGACACUUUGAAUCUGCACAUGAACUCUCCAAGACACAUUGUCCAGUCACUGAUGGUUAAGAAUCCGUGGAGACUUCCAUUUGCCUGGAAAACUGACCUGGAUCUGAAAUACAUCAAAUUACAAGCAUGUUCUGUGGAGGAAGAAGCAGGGACAGAGCAACGCAUUAUAAGGGUAUUAGAUGUCCCAUCAAAUCUUUUCCCAGGGGAUUUGUCUCAUACAUUUUCACAAGUAAUGGAUCGAUUGAAGCUUACGGUGAAUGAUGUGACGCAGUGCGAGAUGUUGAACCAGGAGACUGACAGAUUCCCAUUUCUGGGGAGGAACUUUUUGGUCAAAUAUGGAAAGUCAACAAACGGAUAUAAGAUUCUGUGUCUCCUCUGUGAAAGAACACUCACCUCAGAUGGAUAUGCUGGACAUGUCUUUAGUAAUGAACAUGUGGAGUCUUUUCUGGGCCGAUUCCAUCCAGGAUCUUUGGAUUCACAUACCACCAAUGAAGAGGUGUUGGACAUGGCCAAACAAGCUGCACUCAUUCACCCCAUCUCUAAAGAACAGGAAGUUGAGUUUGAGAUUCUUGAAGUAUCAGCCUACAGCAGAAAGGUACGCUUACUGACCGAUGCAGUGAGACAAACUGGAAAAGGACCCCUAAUGCCGGCUAUACAGCCCCAAAGGAAAUUGGUUCCCAGGCAAACGAAAAAAGAAGAUUGCGUUUUGAAGUCUGAAGAAAACGUUAUGGAGAUCACUCAGCCCCCUUCAGAAAAGUGCAGUGAAAAAUGGUCUGGUAGUGGACCGUCCGUUGACCAAACAACUUGCAUUCAAACAAAAAAAGAAAUGCCCGGAGAACCGGUGUGUAAACCACCUGCAUCAUGUCCAACUGAAGAAGUUCCUUCAAUGGAAAGACAGCAAUGUGAUUCUAACGCGAUAGUCUCUGAAACUGAGAGUGUGGACCUUAAAGGAAGCCCAGAGGAAACCCUGAGCCUCCAAACUGCAACAGGAGACAGGAGCUCAAGUGACGCUGUUGCAGACUCUGCAUCAUGUUGCAGAAAUAUAUUAUGGUUGCAUGUUCAAGAGGAAAAUCGUCCCCCUAUAAUUGGCUUAAGUGCAGUUGUUGAAUGCAUUUGUCAAGACCUUGCUCCAAUCUACGUGUGUGAGUGCUGCCAACUAGUAUUCAAGGAGCAGCACAUUGCCAAACAUCUCUGUGAAUCCUGGCAUUAUGUGAACUACCUGAACAUGGUUGGGGAAAAGCCACCUACUCAAACCCCAACCUGGAGAAUGGCUUUGUUUAGAAUGGCAGAUGACUGGGAAAAGAGAGAGGGAUAUGGAGAAGCUCGGACUUUGGAAUUGACUCCAGAAGAAUUCAAAAAACUUACUUCAACCUCAGGGUAUAAAGAAGCAAAGAAGAUUUUGAAGAAUCACGAGGCGCUGCAGGCAAAUAAUAAGACGGACCAACAGAAUGUGAAGAUUGUGAGCAACCCAGAGUCUUGUUCGGGUCCUUUGAAGAUCAACGUGUCAUCAGAAAUCGAAACAGACUCCAAAUUACAUCAAGAAAUGACAACGACCCUUUCACCCAACUUAAGUCCACGUCCUCCAACAACAGAAGUUUCUGAAAAAGUCACUAAAAUUGGUUAUGAUCAGAUGCUUAGAGUGAAAUGCAAUGAAAGCUCACACACCUAUUGUUUUGCAUGUUUGGAGAUUAUUGACAAAACCAAUCAUCUAACCAGCAAGUCCCAUCAAAUGAAUUGUGUGAAAGCUAAAUAUCCCUCGUGGAAUGCCCAGCUAAAUGAGGGCACACUCGGUGAUAUGGUGGCCCAAUGUGCUGAGGAGGAGAAAGCUAAAGGGAGAUUUGCAUGCAAGGAUCUUGAAAUUCCCCUGGAUCUGUACCGAGAGCUCAAAAAUCUUCCGCCUGCCAAGGCAAUAGAGAAAGUACAACAUCUGAUCAAUAAAGGCUUGAAGAAACCAUCUGAACGACGACUGACGGCAAAGGCCUCUGCAAGUCCAUGUGACAGUUUAUCAGCUAGCCUAACUGACGUCACAAACCUUGACCGCGGAAAUGAAGAUAAUCCAACCAAUCCACAGGAGCAGAUCACUGCAGAGCAUCUAAUAAAAAUACCCAGGACAACCACGAGCCCCCCUGUCCAGAAACCAAUGUCUAAAGUGGCCCCAAGAAUUAUAAAAGGUUCAACGUCUGAUGAACCGAGCCUCUUGUCCCGUAUUCUAGCAGUAAUGAACAGGCCAGUUGUUGGUCUUCGUUUUCUUUGGGAAUGCAGGGAUUGGAGGAUGGUACCUCCCAGGGCUCCUACUUUCUACCUGUGUGAAUGCUGCUGUGAAACUAUCGUGGUCGGAAAAAUCACUGAGCACUUGGACAAUUUUCAACACAAAUCAAACUUUCUUAUGCGGGAGUAUGAAAGGUUUAUGUUCUGGAAAGAGGACGACCUCCUACCAGAGAUGAUGGUUGAACUCAUAAAUAAUAUUUCAGACUGGGUUUUAGGCAGGGAAGAGUUAAUGGAUGUCCAGAUAGUUCUUUUGAGGGAAGAGUGCUUUGAGUGGGUCCGAACAGCGCCUUUUUCGGAUGCAUUGUAUGUGGUUCAAAGAAUUAAGCAAGAAAUGGAAACUACAUCCCUUUUACGGAUUGUGGAACAUGAUCCUCAAAAUACAUUCUCUACACUUAAAGAUAAUAGGAUAAAGACGCCAUCCAUCGGGAGGUGCUCAUGUGCAAAGAGGAUGUUGCCUGUAGCACACCAAGGAAAGUCUAAUGAGAGUGAGCUGUACAACUCUCUGAAAGCACAUUUGAACAACAAAAACAGACUACAGCCUUUUAUAGGCCUGAGUAGCAUAAUUGAAUGUGUGAAUGGAGGUACAGCCCAGCGAGAUGCUUUCUUCAUCUGUGAGGUGUGUGUGUGUCGCCUGGAUAAGGCAGACAUGCGGAAUCACAUCAUGGGGAGCCUCCAUAGAUACAACUACAUUAAAACAAAACAUCCUGAACUGCUUUCAGAGUUGGGAGAAGGUUCUUGUCUAUCCAAGUUGGCCUGGCCCAUGAUGGAUAUUGCCAAAAGAGUUGAGGGAAACGAAGGACCAGGAAAUGUUCAGGUGGUAGAGUUUGACAAAGCAUCAUAUCUGCAGAUGGAAAGUCAGACUAUAAAUGCAGAAAAUGUCUUAGAUUUUCUAAAAGAUACCAUGAAGGACACGGAUCCAGAAAUCUUUGAAACAAUUCCAUCCAAAAAAAAUGAACAGUCUAGGUCACCAUCACAGAGAAUAGUUCUAUAUUGUCCACAGAAGAAGCCUGAAACGGCCUCUUUGGAUUUACAAAACUCUCCUCAGCACAGUAAUGCUAAUCCCAGUUCAUCAAGACUUUUAGUAGACCAGAGCAGUAGCAUUCUCAAUGACUACGGUGGACAAUCUCCCCUAAUGGGUCUUGUGAGGGUGAUCGAGUGUAAAGGUCCAGAUGGUCAGACGCAUUGCUUUUUAUGUCACUGCUGCCGUGUUCGUGCCCACAAAUAUGACAUUAUUGAUCAUUUGACCAGCUCUUCCCAUAUCACAAACUAUCUGAUGGAAUCUCACCCAGAACAGUUGGAUAGAGUGGACUUAAAUGAUAGUCAUCAGGUCUUUUUAUUGGCUGAAAACUUGAAUAAAGAAGAAGGGACAGACUUUAAAUUAAAAGUGGUGCAAUUACCACUAGCUCUCUGUAUUCAAAUGACGACCAAGAGUUACCACUGGUGCGUAAAAACUCUUGGGUGGAACAAUUCUUCUUUCCCAGUGACCUACAAAGAUGUUAAACGACAUGACUUGACCAAGUUUUUGCAACAAAAGGAUUUAAUGGAAGAAAAUUUUCAACAAGGACAAAAGAGACUGAAGACGAUUAAACAAAAGAACCCUGUCUUUAAGCUUCGAAGUCGUCCCCCUCCAGACCGCUUGAGACGAGUCGACAUGUCCGCUUUCUCUGAAGCGGCUCUACAGAAGAAACUAUCAGAGCUUAGCAACUCUCAGCAAAGUGUGCAAACAUUGUCCUUGUGGCUUAUUCACCACAGAAAACACUCGAAGACUAUUGUCGGUGUUUGGUUGAACGAACUUAAAAAUGCCCAGGUGUCUCGAAAGUUAACUUUCCUUUACCUGGCCAAUGAUGUCAUUCAAAACAGCAAAAGGAAAGGACCUGAAUUCACUCAGGACUUUGCGCCUGUCAUUGUUGAUGCAUUCAAACAUGUGCACAGGGAGGGUGAAGACGGCUGUAAAAAACAACUCAGUCGAGUGUUGUCCAUUUGGCAGGAAAGGGCUGUAUAUGAUAAUGACCUCCUCAAUCAGCUGACUCAGAUUCUAGAUGAAGAAAAGAAGCCCAAGAAACGCUCAUACGAGGACAUUUACCCUGAUGAAGAUGACUUUGCUUCUCAGAGCUCACCCACAGAGCCACCGCAGACAGCAGAGUUGAUACGAGCUCUACAGGAGUUAGAAAAUGCAGCAUCUAGUGAUUCAGUUUUGCGGCAACGCAUCUCGUCACUUCCUGCUGAAGUACAGGACACAUCCCUGCUUCAUAGAAUCACAGAUAAAGAGUCUGGGGAGAGACUAUCUCGUUUGGUUGAAGAAGCCUGCAUGUUGCUAGCAGACUACAGCGGCCGUUUGGCAGCAGAGAUUGAUGAUCGACGGCAACUUACCCGCACACUAACAUCUUUUCUCCAAAGUCAGAAAGAUGGCCUUGCUCAGAAUGAGCAGAAACUAGAAGAUUAUAAACGGAAACUGGCACAAGUUUCCCAAGUCCGGAAAGAGCUGCGCUCCCGUAUUAAUACGCUUCCUUGA